AUGUCGACCACGAGCGUGGCGCGGGAGGCGUUCGACUCCUUCUUUUCCGGAAGCCACCAGAAGUGCGGGCAGCUGCUCGAGCAGAUCGGCAGCUUCAAGGGCUCACCCGACGUGAAGGUGUCGCACAACGCCCUCGUCAACGAGUACUACAAGUCGGGCUGUGCCAGCCCGCAGAAGCUGCUCGCAGAUCUCACCCAGGCUCUCGAGAAGGCGCGCGAGCGCGACAAGAAAGACAAGGGCCGACGAAAGCGCGACGACGACGACGAGGAUGGCUACCGGGAGGACGAGGACCUCAGCGUUCUCAGGUACAACCAGGCAUUGCUGUGCAUCCAGCUGAGGCAGCACGCCCAGGCUGGCCACAUCCUGGAGGAGCUCUUCGAGAACAUCGAGCCGAUCGACGACUUCCUGGCAAUAAAGAUCUGCUUCCUGCUCCUGGAGCUCUGCCUGCUGCAGCGGGAGCCGGAGCAGGGGGUCACGGUGCUCGCCUACCUCGAGAAGCCCAACGCCUUCCUCACGGUCCUCCGCAGCGAGCGCCCCGCCUCCAAGCCGCUGGCCGCCCCGGCGGAGGAGAGCGCGGCCGACGGCGAGGAGGCGCCCAAGGAGAAGCCAGGGCCCGGCGAGGCCGAGGAGGGCGCGGAGGACGGCGCGGACCAGGGCGCGGCCGACGCGGCCGAGGCCCUCGGCGACGCGGACCCGCUGCGCGCGCUGGAGGCCCGCGGCGGCGCGCCGCCGCCCGCGGAGGCGGCGGCGGAGGGCCCCCUGCCGAGCCUCGCCGUCGGGGCCUUCCUCCCGCGGCACGGGCGCGCCCCCGACACGAUCUCGCGCGCGGAGUACCGGUUCAUGUGCCUCAUGUACCGCGCCCGCCUAUCCGUCGCGCUGAGGAACUCCAGGGCUGCGAGGAAGGAGGUGAAGAGCGCCGUGGAGGUGCUCGAGCAGGACCUGCGGCACGCCCCGUUGCUCACGCCGCACCCCCACACGACUGGCACAGCGGCCGGCGGCAGCCAGGCGGAGUCGAAGCUGUGCCAGGCGCUGCACUCGCAGCACCAGGCGAUGGUGAACGUGCUGAAGGCCUACCUGGAGUACACCAAGCAAAACGUCAGGAAGGCCAUCAAGCUGCUGACCCUCACCCAGUUCAACUUCGCGGAGGGCUCGCAGCCCGGCAGGGCCCUCCGGCCCGCCGGCGAGGAGGAGGACGGCGAGGAGCCGGCGCUGUCCGAUUUCCACCCGGCGCAGGACGAGGCGUGCUCGGCGGUCUUCUUCAACAACCUGGGCUGCAUCCACUUCAUGAUGCAGAAGCCCAACCUCGCCCUCCUCUACUUCCAGAAGGCGCUGCAGGCCGGCGUGGGGGCGCCGUGGUCCGAGAUUAUGGCUUUCGUCUGCAGUCAGAAGGGUCGUGCUUCUCUUAUGCUUCGAUGA